AUGACCAACACGAACGUCCCAGGACGGGCACGACUGCCCGACACCGCCCCACGGCGCCCACCGGCCCCCGCGCCACCACCGUCUCAUGGGCUUCGUGCCCCUCCAGCCUCUCCUGUUGCCGGGCUACGCCCGAUGAAUGACCUCCGCGACCUCGAAGCGCUCCUCGAGGGCGAGGUCGCCGCCCCUCCGCCGCUCUGGCGCCGCCUGGUUGGCGGAUUGAGCCUCUGGCUCAGAUGGAUCCUUGUCUGGCUCCCGAGCCAUUGA